AUGCCUGUGAGACUUGUGCGCAUAGAUAGCGAGGAGAAUAUUGUGAAAAAAAUAACAAUUCCAAAUGGUACACAUCUGUUAGGAAGGGGACAAUUGUUACAAGUGUUCGACUUAAGAGUGUCUAGAAAACAUACUGAAAUUGAAGUAAAACAGGACUCAGUAAUAUUAAAAUCACUUCACCACAAUCCUACAUUCUUCAUCAAAAAUGGCAGUAAUAAAUCAGAAUUGUUACAUUUAGACUCAACAGUAGCGCUAACAAAUGGUGACAAGGUCGGGUUAUUACCAAAAGAAUUCUGGUUUGAACUUAUUAUUGUCAAUGAUGAAGUAUCAAUACCUAUGAAUGGGGAGGGGGACAUAAAUGGAAAUUGUUCUGAUGAGACCUGUGUGACUAAUGAUGCACUAACAGAUAACAGCAAUGAAGCAUCAGCAAGUCCAUUAUGUAUUCAAUCUGAGAAUCAGGAAUCCGUUGAUCAAAAUGAUCCAAAUCAGAUGCCAGAAGACAAACAAGCAGACAAUAUCUCACCACUGAAGAGAAAUAGAAGUAACUCGACCGCCACUGUCAAAUUGGAAAAUGAUAACCCAACAUCAAUUCAAGGUAACAAUGAAGAUGUUGCAAAGAGGAUUAAAAUGGAGCCUGAUGAUGAUAAUACUCAUGUUCAACCUGACAGCAGUACGGCUACAAGUUCUAAUAUAAAUCAAGGGACUCAACAAAGUGUAAGAGAGAGGUGCUAUUACGGUCACAGAUGUUACAGACGCAACCCCCAACAUUUAGUUCAAUAUAGCCACCCCAAGGACUCUGACUGGGGCAGUGGAGAUAAAGGAGAAUGCCCACAUGGUGCCACAUGUUCCAAGAAUGAUCAAAGACAUUGGGACACACAUAAUCAUCCUCCAGGAACUAGGCGUCUACCUCAAUUACAAGGUAAAAAGAAAAGAAAACAACUAGUAGAUACAAGUGACACAAGCGAUGAUUCCAUAACACAAUUGAUAGUAGAUGGAAAGAGAACAAGAAACUUAAAGCAACAAGAUGAUUUUAAAUUUGAUGAGUCAUUUUCAGAUUUCGAGCCAGACCCCUUUGGUUCGGAUGAUUCUGAUGAGUGGGAACCAUGUUUUUAA